AUGGAGAGAAUACCGCAGAGGCCGAAGGGACCUCCCUUCCUCUCCGGCGCCGGCGAUGUGGGUCUUGCCGGCUGCGCCUCCUUCGGAGCGUCUCUCUCGGAUAUCCUCCUCUCUGGAAGCUCCAGCGCUCUGGACUCCGUCUUCUCAGCCAAGUCCCCUCCUGACCAGCAGCGGCGCCACCAGGCGCUGCGCACCUCCUCGGCGGUCUACCACUAUCAGCUGGAGCAGCUCCAGAGACUGAUGGGGCAGCGCCAUAGCUCCUCCUCCGCCGCCUGGCCGAAGAAGGAGGCGAAGCACUACCGCGGAGUGCGGCAGCGGCACUGGGGAAAGUGGGUGGCGGAGAUCAGGCUGCCCCAGAACCGCAUGAGGGUCUGGCUUGGCACAUACGACUCCGCAGAGGCAGCCGCCUACGCCUACGACCGCGCCGCCUACAAGCUCCGCGGCGAGUACGCGCGACUCAACUUCCCCGACCUCCGGGACACCAGCGGCGCCGCCGCUGGGUGCCGCCUCGGUGCUCUGAGGUCCUCCGUGGACGCCAAAAUCCAGGCCAUCUACCAGAGACUGAACCGGGAGAGGCGGAGCAAGAAGAAGGCCUCGGAAUCCUCCUCCUCUCCUCCCCCCGCGGAGAUGAAGAGAAAGGUGGAGGAGGAGGAGGAGGAGGAGGAUGGGGAGAUGGGGGCCGCACCGGCCGCCUACUCUUUCACCGGCCUGGUCGACUCGACCUCGUCUUCUUCCAUCUCCGACGAGAGCACCAUGAACUGGGAUUACCUGAUGGAGGAGGCCGAUGGGGAGUGUUCUCUGGCCAAGAUGCCCUCCUUCGAUCCAGAGCUCAUCUGGCAAGUCCUUGCCAACUGA